UUGCGUGCACCGCAAGAUGGCGGCUGCCACACUGAGACAACUGUCCCCGGUACCCCAGUCGCGAGUUUGGGCGCGCAGGCUGCGUGCGGUGCGCUCAGGCGCGCGGGGAAUCCUGGCAGCGCCAAGGGCCCGGGGCCUGUUCCAGCAGUUCUUCCCCGAGAGCGGCACGAAGACAGAGCUCCCCGAACUCUUCGACCGCCGCAGGGCGGGCUUGUCGCCCCAGACAGUGUACUGCGGUUUCGACCCCACGGGCGAUUCGCUGCACGUGGGACACCUGCUAACGGUGUUGGGUCUUUUCCACUUCCAGCGUGCCGGCCACAACGUGAUCGCGCUCGUGGGCGGCUCCACAGCCCUCCUGGGAGACCCCAGCGGCCGGACCAAGGAGCGCGAGGCGCUGAGCGCGGAGUGCGUGCAGGCCAACGCGCGCGCCCUGCGGCAAGGGCUCGAGAGCCUAGCAGCCAACCACGAGCGGCUGUUCGCGGACCGGCGACCCUGGGGCACGUUCACGGUGCUGGACAACGCGGCCUGGUUCCAGGAGCAGCACCUAGUGGAUUUUCUGGCCACUGUGGGCGGCCACUUCCGCAUGGGUACUCUACUGAGCCGGCUGAGCGUGCAGUCUCGUCUCAAGAGCCCGGAAGGCAUGAGCUUGGCCGAGUUCUUUUACCAGGUGCUCCAGGCCUAUGACUUCUACUACCUCUUCCAGCACUAUGGAUGCCGGGUUCAGCUUGGCGGAUCAGAUCAGCUGGGCAACAUCGUGUCUGGAUACGAGUUCAUCCACAAGUUGACUGGAGAAGAUGUAUUUGGAAUCACUGUUCCAAUAAUUACAAGUACAACCGGAGCAAAGCUGGGAAAGUCUGCUGGCAACGCGGUUUGGCUAAACAGAGAGAAAACAUCACCGUUUGAACUUUAUCAGUUCUUUGUCAGACAGCAAGAUGACUCUGUAGAAAGGUACCUGAAGCUCUUCACUUUCCUGCCCCUUCCAGAGAUUGAGCACAUUAUGCAGCUACAUGUCAAAGAACCAGAAAAGAGGGGUCCUCAGAAACGACUUGCUGCAGAAGUAACAAAGCUUGUUCAUGGACAAGAAGGUCUGGAUUCUGCUAAAAGAUGUACACAAGCCCUUUACCAUAGCAGCAUAGAGGCACUGGAGGUCAUGUCUGACCAAGAGUUAAAAGAAUUGUUUAAAGAAGCUUCAUUUUCUGAAUUAGUUCUCGACCCUGGAACAAGUGUCAUAGACACAUGCCGUAAAGCAAAUGCCAUUCCAGAUGGUCCCCGAGGGUAUCGGAUGAUAACAGAAGGUGGAGUCAGUAUAAAUCACAGACAGGUAACAAAUCCUGAGAGUGUCUUAGUAAUUGGACAACACAUUCUCAAGAAUGGACUCUCCUUACUUAAAAUAGGAAAAAGGAAUUUUUACAUUAUAAAAUGGCUUCAAUUGUGAUUUUGUCAAAAUUUGUCCAUCUAUUUUCAAAAAGCAAGAAUGAAUAUAUACAAGGUCUCCCUCACAAUGUAAAUAUUUCUUGUGCAUUUAAAAAUUUUAUUUAAGAUAAAUAAAGUGUUAUUUAAUU